AUGGAAACCAAAGGUCGUAAACCGUUCUUCCUCAAUUUCAAGAAAGUACCUACACCAUUGAAGGAUUUCUGUGACAACAUCUCUGGUUCUCUCAAAUUCAGUGAUUCUCUCAACACACUUAUAAGCUUGUUAGUACCAUCCUUGGAAGAAUUCUCCUACUUGCUGGGACUCCCUGUGCUUAAUCAAAUUCCGUAUACUGGUAAAGAAGAAGAGCCUAAGUGGGAAGUCAUCGCUGCUGCCCUACACUUGCCAAGAUUAGAGAUUGAGAAAGUUUGGAUUAGUAAGAAAGAGUAUUCUGGAUUACCCCUUGAUUUCCUCUAUGAAAAAGCGGAGAUUUUUGCUAAAGCUUCAAGUAUGGAUGCCUUGGAAGCUGUGUUGUCUCUUUUAAUUUAUGGACAAGUCUUGUUUUUCCAUUAUGACAAGAUAGUGGACGUGGCUGCUGUCAAUAUCUUCCUUAGCAAGAAUCCGGUUCCUACUUUGCUAAAGAAUGAAGAAGGAUUAACUUGGGCUCAAAGAAAUAUGAAGCUUUCUUUUGACGACAUCAUCUGGUACCAAAAGAAGUUUGAAGGAAGUUUGUUAUUUGAUAGUUGUGGAGAAUUCCCUAAUAUACCUCUUCUUGUUAUUCGUGGGGGAAUAACAUAUAAUCCUAUUCUAGCUCGACAUCAAUUUGGUUUCGCUUUGAAGGAUAAACCUCGCUCCUUAUAUCUCAGUUCAGAAUACUUUAGCUAUGAUUCAGACAAGUUAAAGAAAAGAGAUCUCUUCAUCAAAGCCUGGUCGAACGUAAAGAAAGUUGGUGCAAAAGAUAUUGGAAGAAGAAAUUACAUGCCAUGGGACCCAUAUUUCCAAUGGGUUUAUGAUCGAGUUAUGGAUUUUGGGAUGCCUUACCCUUCUGAUACACCCAUAGUACCAAGGAUAGCUCCUCCUGCUGUCCCAGUCACGUUUGAGCCAUAUGUCCUUACUCCAAACGAAGAUCUUGUUGCAACCGUUAACCAACUGAAGAGGGAAAGGGAUGACUUUGAGAGACGUUUACGAAAGGUUGAAGCUGAAAAGGAGGUGUUGACACAAGAUGCUAAAGAGCGAGAGACUUUACUUGACUAUUUUUCUCGUAAAUGGAAAAUUGAAGAUUUUGUUUCCCCAGAUCAAAUUAACUCAUGGGAAAAUGAAAUUUCUAGGCUCGUUCAAGAAAGAGAAGAAAUGAUCAAGGCACACAAAGAAGAAGUCAGAGUUCUGUAA